AUGAUUAAGCAAAAUAACUUUAUAGAAAACUCAGUAAGUGUAGGUGAAGGCGAAGAUAACAAUUCAAUAAUGCCUGAUAACUUCAGAGAGCGACGUGAUCUGGAAUAGUAUUUCUUUACCAAGAAUACCAUAGAGCAUCUUUUAUCAUCUUUUACUAUGGCUGUACCAAAUCCUGAAGAUCUUGAAAAGAAACUAUGUCUAAUCUGUGCACCUACACUUGCUAAGGCAUUCCAUGAAAGACUAGGUUUAAAGAUCACAAUAUUAGACAUUGAUGAGAGAUUUAAGGAGCUACCUGGCUUUAAGUACUUCGAUCUCUAGGCGCCAAUUCCAUUUGAGAAUGAAUUCGAGUAUAUUCUAUUUGAUCCUCCCUUCUUUUAUAUAACUCUUGAUUAGAUGAGCAAGGCUAUCUAAGUUGUAGCAAAUGGCAAAAAAGACAUUAAGCUUAUGAUGAGUUUUAUGAUAAGAGAUGAGGCACAAGUCAAGCAGUCAUUUAAGAUGUUUAACUUAGAGAGAACUUAGUAUCAGCUGGAAUAUGCAACUGUAAAGCCAAACAGAUGGGAAAAUUAUGGCCUAUAUGCAAAUGUAGAUUUGCCCAUGAUAAAAAGAAUGAAGAAGAAGGGAGGUAGUAAAUGGUGA